CAGAGCAGAGGAGGUCACAGGUAGACAGUGGCUGUUAUCACAGUCUAAUAGGUGACUGGUGGUGUUCAGACCUUCUCCACAGCUCCAGGAGAAAGAGAAGGGUAACAUGGGAUUAAACAGACGGUUUUCAGCCCUGGUUCUACUGACGUUUCACUGCGCAAUUGGCUCACAGACACUUGCAUGCCAGACCCCAGAGCUGAAGUGUGACUUUGUGUGUGACUGCACAGACUGCAGCGAUGAGGACGGCUGUGGCUACAGAGGGACGGACUUUGUGUGUGACUUUGAGGACCCAUACCUGUGUGGCUGGCAGGACCUGUCCUUGGAGAAGGCCUACUCCUGGGAGAGGCGUCAGAGAGGGGACACGCUGCCGGACAGCGGACCCUCCUCAGACUUCACCAUUGGGACAGCCACAGGUUGGUUUAUGGGAGUGACCGAAGUGAAGGCACACUCUCCCAGCACUGCAGUGAUGGCAUCUCCCACGAUGAAACAGUCUUCUCCCUCAUGCCGAAUGCACCUCAGAUACUUCCUCUGGGACCCAGGGUACACAGGGCUGGGGCCUGCCCCAUUGUUGGCCUCUGUGUAUAGGGAGGACAGCACCCAGCAGGCAGUGGUGUGGCGUCCUGAGAGCACCAGCGUGCGUGGCUGGAGGGAGGCAACCGUCUUCCUGGGACACAUCCCCACCGCCUUCCAGAUCCGCCUCCACUCCCAACGCACCGAGGGGCGCCGCGGAGACGUGGCUAUAGACCAGCUGCAGUUCCUGGACUGUGCCCUGCCUCUGCCAGUCCCAGGGGAGUCGUGUGCUGCGGGGUUACUGGAGUGUAACAGGGAGGGCUGUGUGGAGCAGCGUCAGGUCUGUGACGGCACUGAUGACUGUGGUGACAAAACUGACGAGCAGAAUUGUGGAGGCUACUGGGGCUGUGACUUUGAGGACGGAGUGUGUAACUGGGACCUGAGGACUAUCUCCACUGGUCUGAAGUGGACAAGGACCAGUCAGGCCAACAUCUCCAUGACAGACCCUUUUAAAGGACCCGGUAGAGACCAUUCCAACAAUACUGCAUCGGGUCACUUCCUGUAUGUCACUGUACCUGAAGGCGGGCUCAAAUCUGAUUGGACAUCCUUUCAAAGCCCUCUUCUGGAACCCACCAAUAGCACACAUCCUUGCAAGAUGGUGAUGUACAGCCACCAGUUUGGGCCCAGGUCUGGAGGCCUGUCUGUGCUGGUGGCAGACACUGAUAUCUACCCGGUGUGGCAGAGGGGGGGUGCCCUGGGGGACCUCUGGGUCAAGGCUGAGGUGGAGAUCAUUACCAACACCAGCUUCCAGCUUGUGUUUGUGGCUGCGAUCCGAGACAAGGAGUAUGGAGGGGUUGCUAUAGAUAGCAUAAUGAUGUCUCCUAACUGCCGCCUCUCUAAAGGAAAUGUCACAUUAGCAAAUUUCCCCAAACCUCCUGGGCAUCCUUGCACUGGCGAUACCAGUAAGAUCUGUGACUUUCAUGAAGACUGUGCGGAUAAAGAUGACGAGGCCAAGUGUGGGGACUUCUCCUAUGAGAAGGGCAGCUCUGGAUGGACAGACAGCAGCAUUGGAAGCCAGCAGUGGGUGCUGAAUGACACCAACAAAGUCAAGUACCUGUAUGUAGCUAAAGCCCCAGGGCAGCAGUUGACUGAUGCCCAGACACGCACCCCUCUCCUGGGCCCCUCGGGGCCAGCCUGCACCCUCAACUUCUCCUACUCCCUGACCAGCAAGAGCAAUCACACCGGUGAGCUGUCCAUCCGGGUGAUUGACAGUCUGUUGGGCAGUCAGCCCAGGCUUUGGGAGUUCAGUGGGAAAACAGGAUCCGUAGAGGGGGUGUACCAGCAGGCGCAGGUGUACAUCGGAGCCAGGGAUCACCGCUUCCAGAUGGAAUUUUCGGCUCGUGCUAGGAAGCUGUGCCCAUGUGCCAGAAUAACAGUGAAGGAUGUUCGUUUCAUCAACUGUCACGCUCAGUAUUUCCCAUCCUCUCCCACAGAUCUGUCAUGUAACUUUGAAGAGGGACUGUGUGGCUGGUACCAGGAUCAAACUGACAACUUUGACUGGAGCCUGCUCACAGGGAUGGACCAUUCCAUUGGCGUCGGUAAAAGCCUUGCUGUAGACGUAUGGAGCCCCUUGUUACGGGGUGUGUCUGGCCGUCUGUUAUCGUACAGUCUGCCAGGCACCUCCGGACAUCACUGCCUGUCCUUCUAUUAUAAGCUCUACGGGCCUGAGACAGGUGCACUCAGUGUUAAGAUGCGUGAUGCCUACGGCGUUGAGAGUCUGCUAUGGAUUCGCAGCGGUGCCCAUGGCAACAUCUGGCAUGAGGGACACUGUCCAGUAUCUGAGCAGCUAACUAGCUUCCAGUUGAUGUUUGAAGCAGUGCGCUCCGGCUUUGACGGGCGGUUGGCGCUAGAUGACUUGGCAUUUGUGAACCGCCCAUGCACCGUGCCCAAUAUGUGCUCCUUUGAGGGCCAGCACUGCGGCUACACCACCACUGGCACUGCCCGCUGGCUCCACACUAACUGGCAGUCCUCCAACACUGGGCCCAAAACAGACCACACACUGGAGACGGUGAUGGGGUACUACAUGAUGGCAGACAGUGAUGUGGAGAUCCUACCACAGGGCAGUGUGGCCACCCUUACAUCUCCUGUGCGAGUAGGCGUGGCACAAACAGAGUGUGUUCACUUCUGGUACCACAUGGGGGGAGAGAAUCCUGGUUUGCUGACUGUGUACAUGAAGCCAGUGAAAGGAGACAGGGUGAAGAUCUUCUCCAACAGCCAGGACCAGGGAGAUGUCUGGCGCCAUGGCAACGGCAACAUCAGCAGCACCACCACAGACUGGCAGUUGGAGUUUGAGGUGCAGGGAGCAGGUGGCAAAGGCACUCAUGUCUCAGUUGAUGACAUAAUUUUCUCGAACCAUCCUUGUCAAACACUAGGUACAAAGUGUGAUCUGGAGAGAGGUAUGUGUGACUGGACCAACACUCAGAACCCUGAGCUAGACCAGUUGGACUGGGAGCUGACCAGUGCUGAGGCAGAGACCCACUACCCCACACCAUCCCACGACCACACCCUUGGGACAGAGAGAGGUCACUUCCUGUUCCUCCCUAGUAGCACCAGGGACACAGCCAAUUACAAGGCCUGGUUGCUGAGUCCUCAUCUGCCCUCCACCAAGGGCACCUGCCUGCGCUUCUGGGUGUACAAACCAGUCUCCCAUGGUAGUCAUCUGAAGGUGUGGAGGCAGUCUAAAGAGAACCCGAAACAAAUGCUGAGUGUGGAAGAGGUGGGAACAGUUUGGUCACGCUUCGAUGUUGACAUCACCUCUACUGACGAGUAUCAGAUUAUAUUUGAGGGUUUCAAAGGAGACACUGGAGUCUUGGCUCUCGAUGACAUUGACUAUAACAUAGGAUUCAACUGUGCCGGUGAAGCAAAAGACCCAAUGACAACCACACCAGAACCAGACAACACAGGGGGUAUUGCAGCUUCCAUCAUCGUGGUACUGCUGCUGCUGGCCACUCUAGGAGCAUUGCUCUACUACCACCUGCACACGCAGGAAAAAACAAAGGCAACGACUGGCGGGGCUGUGGAGCGAUCAGCUUUGCCUUCAGCUAACGAAGGCAUUGCUAACGACAUGUAUGACUCACGCCUCACACAGGACCGAAUGAACGUGUCUCCAGUUCCGGCACAACCAAUGGCGGAGGACAUCACUUACGAAGUAUGUGUCUCUGAUUCCACAGAAUUAGUGAGGGAGGCGAUGGUGUAGAAGGGGAGACUCUGCCUCCUAGUGGUGGCUUUGUGAAAUGAAGGCGAUAUCACAGCAGAAGAACUGCUUGUGUCGUCUUGCACCUGACACACACACACAUAUACACACACACACACACACACACACACACACACACACACACCUGGAUAUCAGGAUAGCAUUGACUUGCUAACUGUGAGUGAAUGGCUAUAGCAUCCACUGCACACCUUCACUAACCCUACAACACACAAACACACUCACGCUCAUCCAUGUACCAUUGCAAUCAGUGGAGCAGCUGCAGAUUCGACUGACUGGGUCCUGAAGUCUGGGACUUCUGCUGGUGGACAGUUAGGAUAGUUGGAGGUCAAUGAGAUGAGAUGGCUCACUGUAUGGAGUGCUAGCUGCCAAAGCAUGAAAUUGCCCCUUCUGUCUUCAGAGACAAGACAGACACUGCUCUGCUAUGGUAAUUCUACUAAUAAUGAGUAGAAAUGGAGAACGCUCUGACAAAAAUGUCUGUCGCCGAAUCCUAUCGGUUGGCUACAGUGCUACAUUUUACUUAUAGCUUAUUGAUAUGAGAGCCAUGCUAUAUAGCUGUUUAUAAACUGGGUGGUUCAAGCCCUGAAUGAUGAUUGGCUUACAGCCGUGGUAUAUCAGACUGUAUACCACG